GGAAUCUUAGCACAGAGACCCCAGCCUUCCUCAGCCCCAAAGUGUCGCCAUGCCGGCUUAGGGCUCGCGCUCUCGCGAACACUACCUCCGGAACCAACGUGCGGGGAAAGUGGGGUCACAGGCGCGAGGCUAGGAAUGGACCGCGAGCCGGAAGUGACGCGCAUCCCGGCGCGCAUGCUCUGCCCGGUCCCGGCGGUGGGCGCCGCCAUGGCGCACAUAACUAUUAACCAGUACCUGCAGCAGGUCUACGAAGCAAUCGACACCAGAGAUGGGGCAUCCUGUGCAGAGCUGGUAUCUUUCAAACACCCUCAUGUUGCCAACCCACGGCUUCAGUUGGCCUCUCCAGAAGAGAAGUGUCAACAAGUUUUGGAACCCCCUUAUGACGAAAUGUUUGCAGCUCAUUUAAGGUGCACUUAUGCGGUAGGGAACCAUGACUUCAUAGAGGCAUACAAAUGCCAAACUGUCAUCGUCCAAUCAUUCCUGAGGGCAUUUCAGGCCCACAAAGAAGAAAACUGGGCUCUGCCUGUCAUGUAUGCAGUAGCACUUGACCUUCGAGUAUUUGCCAAUAAUGCAGAUCAGCAGUUGGUAAAGAAAGGAAAAAGCAAAGUCGGGGACAUGUUGGAAAAAGCAGCUGAAUUGUUGAUGAGCUGUUUCCGCGUCUGUGCCAGUGAUACUCGUGCUGGUAUAGAGGAUUCUAAGAAGUGGGGGAUGCUGUUUCUGGUGAAUCAGUUAUUCAAGAUUUACUUUAAGAUCAACAAACUCCAUUUGUGUAAACCCCUAAUCAGAGCCAUCGACAGCUCAAACCUGAAAGAUGAUUACAGCACUGCACAGAGAGUGACAUACAGGUACUAUGUUGGACGGAAGGCCAUGUUCGAUAGUGACUUUAAGCAAGCCGAGGAGUACCUAUCCUUUGCCUUUGAGCACUGUCAUCGUUUAAGUCAGAAGAACAAAAGGAUGAUUCUGAUAUAUUUACUUCCAGUAAAAAUGCUGUUGGGUCAUAUGCCAACCAUUGAGCUUUUGAAAAAGUAUCAUCUCAUGCAGUUUGCUGAAGUAACCAAAGCUGUAAGUGAAGGCAACCUCCUUCUAUUGAAUGAAGCUCUGACGAAACAUGAGACCUUUUUUAUUCGCUGUGGUAUCUUCCUUAUCCUUGAAAAGCUGAAGAUCAUCACCUACAGGAAUCUUUUUAAGAAAGUGUACUUGUUACUCAAAACACAUCAGUUAUCUCUGGAUGCUUUUCUAGUUGCCUUGAAAUUCAUGCAAGUGGAAGAUGUGGACAUCGAUGAAGUCCAGUGUAUUCUGGCCAACCUGAUAUACAUGGGUCACAUUAAAGGCUAUAUAUCACAUCAGCAUCAGAAGCUAGUUGUUAGCAAGCAAAACCCAUUCCCUCCGCUGUCUACAGUGUGUUGAAUGUGAAAACAGUCCUGCGAAGGAGCAUGCUCCUCUAGUUUUUUAUCAUGCUGAUGAAAUCAGUCCUGUGCCAUGGCUUUAUUCUCUGCAGCCAGAAUCUCUCUGGGACUCUUUUCCUAAGGAUGCUGAAACUGAAUUUGCCAGCAUACCUGGACAUGUUAAAAUCUCCAUCGUCACUCAUGACUAAUGUCAUCUUCACGGAGACCUGGAAUUUGCUUUUUCAGACAUUGCAGACUCCUCCUUUGGCUCUGGAGUGUUGGUGAAACUUCUGUGAAGGAGGCUCUGUCUCUAAGGCAGCUAUAGUUUACUUCUCCAAAAGUAUUGUUCAUAAUUGGUUCUUUGUAACUUUUGAUAUAAUUCUUUCUAUAAAAAAGACAUCCUGAAUUUA